GGCCCUACAUAUACCCGCGGGUGGCGUUGGCCGCCGCGCCCAGCCUGGACCGACUCAGUGAGAGGCAGCCCGUUGAACCCGCUUUCCCGAGCGCCGAGGAGCCUGGUCCCGGGCUGGCCCCUCUGCUGCCCCCGGAGCGGGCCAUGCCGCCGCGGGAGCUGAGCGAGGCCGAGCCGCCCCCGCUCCGGGCCCCGACCCCUCCUCCGCGGCGGCGUAGCGCGCCCCCGGAGCUGGGCAUCAAGUGCGUGCUGGUGGGUGAUGGCGCGGUGGGUAAGAGCAGCCUCAUCGUCAGCUACACCUGCAACGGGUACCCUGCGCGCUACCGGCCCACGGCGCUGGACACCUUCUCCGUGCAAGUCCUGGUGGAUGGAGCCCCCGUGCGCAUUGAACUCUGGGACACAGCGGGGCAGGAGGACUUUGACCGGCUUCGCUCCCUCUGCUACCCGGAUACCGAUGUCUUCCUGGCGUGCUUCAGCGUGGUGCAGCCCAGCUCCUUUCAAAACAUCACAGAGAAAUGGCUGCCCGAGAUCCGCACUCACAACCCCCAGGCGCCUGUGCUGCUGGUGGGCACUCAGGCCGACCUGAGGGACGAUGUCAAUGUACUGAUUGAGCUGGACCAGGGGGGUCGGGAGGGCCCCGUGCCCCAACCCCAGGCUCAGGGUCUGGCCGAGAAGAUCCGGGCCUGCUGCUAUCUGGAGUGCUCAGCCUUGACACAAAAGAACUUGAAGGAGGUGUUUGACUCGGCCAUUCUCAGUGCCAUUGAGCACAAAGCUCGUCUGGAGAAGAAACUGAAUGCCAAAGGUGUGCGCACCCUCUCGCGCUGCCGCUGGAAGAAGUUCUUCUGCUUUGUUUGAGCAGCUAUGGCAGCAUAACAAGCAGAAGGCAGGAGGCCAGUGACUUCUGGAACCUGGGGCAUGGGGCCUUUUAGGGUGUCACUGGCAGAGCGUGGCCACCCCCAUGGGAUUCGGUUCCCUUUGGAACACUGUGGGGUGGGCGCCUGGGCCUCUGCCCACUGUCAUAUGCCAGGGUGAGCCUAGGGCAUGGAGGAGGGAAGGCUCUGAUUUGGAUUUCUCCAGUCAAAGCUCACAGAGAAAACUCAGCACUUUGAUUUCAUGGAAUGGUCCUAGCAGGGUCAGCCGCCUCUGAGCAGUUUGGGAUUCAAUUUCCGGUUUCUUAUCAUGGGCCCUCAGGGCAGCCUGGCUGAAUGAGGACCCCUUGUGGUGGUCCCCACCCCCUCCUUGCACAGGGGUGAGGAAGAGCCUGGGGAACAGCCAGGGAUCUUGGAGGGCUGGAAGGUGUUCAGCCUUAAGUUGGAGAGAAGCUUGAGAUGGAGUGGGUAAGGCAGAGGCCAGUGAGAGACAUAAAAGGAGCAGAGAGUGAGGUCUGGGAGCCAGAGCUGUGGGACUGAUGGCAGAUCAGAGGGCUGGGCCUGGAAGGAGAAAGAUCAGGAGAAGGAGAGCAGGGAAGUCCAGCAGCUGAGAGCAGGCUGACACCUGGGCUGCCCUCAACCCCCAAGGCCAGGGAGGGCGGGUCUGGUCCCUGAGAAGAACUGGGUCUCGGGGCUUCCUAGGCACUGCCCAAACUGGCUGGACCAGGAGCAGGACAGGAAGUGAGAGUCCAGAACCAGAAAAAGGAGGGGGAGGAGCUGCAAAAUAGAGCCUGAAGGAGGAAGGGGCUGGGGGGAGGGCAUCCCUUUCCUCAAGGUCAUACAACCUAGAAACUAGAGCAGUGCAGAAUCUGCCAAUAAAACCGUAUGUUUGUAAA